AUGGUGGGUAUUCUACAUAGGCUACAUCGUUUAUAUAGAAGGGGGAAGGUAGAAAAAGAUCAUGUGACAUCCUCUAACUCUAGUGAACCUUUAAUAUUUAACCGUAAUAGGUUAAAUUAUCUUGAAUUGGAGAUUGAAACUUUAAUCUAUUUUCUAAAAAAAGAACUAAAAGAUGUUUGUGAAGAUUACACUAGAAUCAACUUUACUAAUAAAACAAUCAAAGACUUAGACAGAUUUGAAUUAUUUAUAAGAGAUAGAAAAGUUCCCAUAACUCCUGUUAUUCAAGCCAUUCUAGUUAUAGUUAGAGGCUUAUUAGAAACUCUCGAACAAUAUAAAGAUGGUAAGUUAAUGCCAUUUUAUACUCGUUUGGGAGAAAGUGAGUUAUACUUGUUGAAAGACAAUUAUUCAGCUAAACUUAAUAAAGUAAAUACAAGAAGACAUUCAGAGUUUAAGAAUCAAUCAGAAUUUAAUAAGUAUUAUGAAUCUAAGACUCCAAGAAAUUAUAUUCCUAGUAAUAUACGUAAAGUUGACUUUGAUACAAUGGGUACCCCAAGAAAUAUGUAUACUUGUGGAGCUACACCUAGAAAUCUUAUUCAGGGUACUCAAACCCCUAGAUCUAGAAGUGAAUUUGGAAAAUUUGUUAAUAUAGAUAACCUUGGAACACCUAGAAAUACCAGAAAGAGCUACUCUAGUACUAGAUAUGAGGCUGCAACACCCAGAGCAUCAUAUAGAGCAUAUAAUGGUAAUCAAUACUUUAACAGCCAAAGUGAAAAUAUAAUGGCAGCAAAAGCCUUAUUAGGACUUAAUGUUGCAGUACCAGUUACAGAAACUGAUGUACGAAAAGCUUAUUUGAAGGCUGCUAUGCGUUGGCAUCCAGAUAAGAUGUCACCAAAUUCAAGUGAACAGUCACAUUUAUGUUUUACAGCUAUACAAAAUGCGAUGGAGCUUCUUCUAUCUCACACCCAUAAAGAAUAUCAAGUUUAA